AUGGCAACAGGGGGGACCUGGUCGUGGUGGUUGAGUUACCACGUUCUACCUCUGCUCUUUCUGCCGUGCUUUGCCCAGCAACAGCCGGGAUUUUCUAUCCCAGAACAUGGAUUUUGCCAGACCAUCUCCAUCCCACUGUGCACCGACAUGGCCUACAACCAGACCAUCAUGCCCAACCUGCUGGGCCACACCAACCAAGAAGACGCCGGGCUUGAGGUCCACCAGUUCUACCCACUUGUCAAAGUCCAGUGCUCAGCAGACCUCCAGUUCUUCCUGUGUUCCAUGUACGCACCCGUGUGUACAGUUCUAGACCAGGCCAUCCCACCCUGCAGGACUCUGUGUGAGCGGGCUCGGCAGGGCUGUGAGGCACUCAUGAAUAAAUUCGGCUUCCAGUGGCCCGAGAAGCUGCGCUGCGAGAACUUCCCUGUCCACGGUGCCGGAGAGAUCUGCGUGGGUCAGAACUCAUCAGAGAGCAGCGAUGCCGUGACGGAUCCUGUCCCAGAACUCCCAGAACCGUUCAGGAAGCCAUCUUUCUUCUGCCCGUCACAGCUGGAGGUGCCGGCUUACCUGGGCUACCACUUCCUUGGCGCUAAGGACUGCGGUGCCCCCUGCGAGGUCUACACGCCUGGUGGACUCAUGUACUUCACAGAGGAGGAGAUCAAGUUUGGACGGUUCUGGGUUCUCUGUUGGGCUUUUUUAUGCUGCGUCAGCACUUUUGUCACCAUCCUCACGUACGCCAUAGACGCUCAGCGCUUCCGCUACCCGGAGAAACCUGUGGUUUUUCUCUCUGGUUGCUACUUCCUGGUGGCGCUGGCGCACGUCACCGGCUUCCUGUUGGAGGAUAAAGUCAUCUGUGUGGACAAGAUGAAAGCAAACGGUUGGAAAAUGGUGGUUCAGGGUACCAAGAACGAGGCCUGCACCGUUCUUUUCAUGGUGGUCUACUUCUUCAGCAUGGCCAGUGCCGUCUGGUGGGUCGUUUUGGCGUUCUGCUGGUUCCUGGCGGCGGGGAUGAAGUGGGGUCACGAAGCCAUUGAGGCCAAUUCCAGACACUUCCACCUGGUGGCGUGGAUCGUGCCGGCUUUGAAGACCCUCGCCAUCGUGGCGAUGGGACAAGUUGAAGGUGACCUUCUCACCGGUCUGUGCUACGUAGGCGUGUACAAUGUUGGCGCUCUGCGGGGCUUCGUGAUGACGCCGCUUUUGAUCUACCUCGUUGCCGGUACUUCCUUCCUGGUGGCCGGCUUCGUCUCGCUUGUUCGAAUUCGCUCCAUUGUCACAUUGGACGGUACCGAGACCAAAAAACUGGAGAAGCUGAUGAUGCGGCUCGGUGUGUUCGGCGUUCUGUCCGUACUUCCUGCCGCCAUCGUGCUGGCCUGCAUCUUCUACGAGCAAACAUUCCGACCACGCUGGGAAUACACGUGGCGAUUGAUGACAUGCAAGCAACUCUCCAUUCCGUGUCCUUCCCAAAACGUUCCUCCGUCAACGCCGAACUUGACCGUGUUUAUGAUCAAGUACCUGAUGACCAUGGUUGUUGGGAUCGCAUCGGGGUUUUGGAUCUGGUCUGGAAAGACCUUGCAGUCCUGGCGCCACUUUUAUAAGCGACUAAGUGGCUCAGAGUUGGAAGAUGCGGCGCCUUAA